ACUGCCCCACACACACGCACACAUCAAGCGCAGCGCAGCUCGAUCGAUCCGGCAGCUAGGUAGCCAUGGCCGGGAGGAAGGUGAUGAGAAACGCCGGCGUCGCGGCCGCGCUGGUGGCGCUGCUGGUCGUGGCGGCGGCGUCGGGCGCGGCCGGGAUUCAUGUCUGCAACGUGGACACCGGGAGCAUGGUGAACAACUGCAGGUCCUACUGCACGGUGGGCAGCAACGAGGCCAGUCCCAGCGGCGCGUGCUGCGGCGCGGUGCGCGGCGCCAACUUCAAGUGCCUCUGCAAGUACAAGGGCCUGCUGUCUAAGGACAUCGACGCCAACCGCGUCAUGCAGAUCCCAGCCAAGUGCGGCUACGGGGCGGCCUCCUGCUAGUCACGCAUUAUGCAGCUCGAUUCGCGCCGGCCGACGCGGUCCGCCGCCGGUCGCCGGUUGCACGAGUAAAUCGUAACGUCGUAUUUUGAUGUCAACUUUCACUCGUUCGUAGGAGUAAGUACGUUCUAGUCGGCUCGGUGAUCCUAUCGUGCGUGCGUGCUUUGUGUUGGCCAUGCAUGCUACCUUUGUAUCCUCUUCCGCUUUUCGUAAGUCAUGUUGCUGUGUGUCCACAACUAUGUGGCAGAAAUAAAACUUGUUUCCCACGUCUCUCUA